UUAGCCGCGUUUCUCAUGGGGGGCUUUGUGCUCAGUCAGUAUAUGUGCUGCUGGGCCCCACGCUGCCCCCCUGCGGGAUUGGGGUCCCAGGUGGCCCUGUGUGAUACUCACCCGCUGCCCUGUGGCCCCUUCCAGGUGGAGGAGAGCAUCCUGAACAUCGGCAAGUUCCACAGCAUCGUCAGACUGGUGGCCUUCUCCCCGUUCAAAUCCGCCCAGAGUGCCUUGGAGAAUGUCAAUGCCAUCUCGGAAGGGAUUCUCCAUGAGGACCUCCGGCUGCUCCUGGAGACCAACCUGCCGGCCAAGAAGAAGAAAGCGUUGCUGGGAGUCAGCGAUGCCAAGAUUGGGGCUGCCGUCCAAGAGGAGCUGGGUUACCAGUGCCAGACUGGAGGGGUCGUGGCAGAGAUCACGCGAGGGAUCCGCCUGCACUUCCACACCCUGGUGAAGGGCCUCACUGCCCAGUCGGCCUCCAAGGCGCAGCUGGGCCUGGGGCACAGCUACUCACGGGCCAAAGUGAAAUUCAACGUCAACAGAGUUGACAACAUGAUCAUCCAGUCCAUCAGCCUGCUGGACCAGCUGGACAAGGACAUCAACACCUUCUCCAUGCGCGUCAGAGAGUGGUACGGGUAUCACUUCCCAGAGCUCAUCAAGAUCGUGAGUGACAACUACACGUACUGCCGCCUGGCCAAGUGCAUCGGGAACCGCAAGGAGCUGAGCGAGGAGAGUCUGGAGGGGCUGGAGGAGAUCGUGAUGGACAGCGCCAAGGCCCAGGCCAUUCUGGACGCCUCUCGGUCAUCCAUGGGGAUGGAUAUCUCCCCCAUCGACCUCAUCAACAUCGAGAGCUUCUCCAGCCGGGUGAUCUCGCUGUCCGAGUACCGCAAGGGCCUGCAGGAGUAUCUGCGCUCCAAGAUGGGCCAGGUGGCUCCCAGUCUCUCCGCUCUCAUCGGGGAAGUGGUGGGCGCCCGUCUGAUCUCCCACGCCGGCAGCCUGACGAACCUGGCCAAGUACCCGGCCUCAACGGUGCAGAUCCUGGGGGCGGAGAAGGCCCUCUUCAGGGCCUUGAAGACUCGUGGCAACACCCCGAAGUACGGGCUGAUAUUCCACUCCACCUUCAUUGGGCGAGCGGCUACCCGCAACAAGGGGCGCAUCUCCCGCUACCUGGCCAACAAGUGCACCAUCGCCUCCAGGAUAGACUGCUUCUCAGAUGUCCCGACGAGCAUCUUUGGGGACAAGCUCCGGGAGCAGGUCGAGGAGCGCCUGGCCUUCUACGAGACAGGAGAGCCUCCCCGCAAGAAUCUUGAUGUCAUGAAGGAGGCCAUGGUGGAGGCUACUGAGGUGGCUGCCGAAAUCAAGAAGAAAGAGAAGAAAAAGAAGAGGCGGGAGAAGAAGCGACUGGAAGCCUUGGCCGCGGCAGCAGCUGCUGAGGAAGCCGAGAACUCUGUGCUGGAGACAACCCUGGAGGUAGAGGAAAACGACACCGAGCCCAAGAAGAAGAAGAAGAAGAAGCACCAGGACACCUCGCUGGAGGAGAAUGGGCUGGCAGAAGAGCCCUUGCCCAAGAAGCAGAAGAAACUGGCCCAGGAAGAGCCCCCCCAGUCAGACAAGAAGAAGAAAAAGAAAAAGGUCAAAGAGGAGGAUUAAGGGGGGGGGCAUUCCCAGGCCUUGCUUGUGGGACGCCGGGGGACCUGGGCUGCAGCAGGACCGACUGCUCAGCACCCAGACAGUGGCAGGACACUUCCCUUUCCCGGCUCGCUAAACCUCUUGUUUCUCGUCCAGCAUUUCAAGGCAGCUGCGUGUCCUAGAAUGUCCCCAGCCGGAGCAGCCGCGUUAAAUGCGGUUUGGUAUCUGGCGUCUCACCUGAGUCUCUGCAGAACUUCCAGUGCUCUGGGCUCGCUCUGGCAGAGGCUCAAUUCGCGGCACGUCGGGCUGUGCCUAGCCACUGGUUUGACGUGGCUGAGACGGUUAUUCCUUGGAGCGUCUGGCCUGGGACCUUGGAGCCCGCCCCUCUGGGCUGUUCCGUUCUCAGGCGGCUACGGCAGAACGUGCUCCCAUGGACUCGGCAUCUGGCACGGCUACCACCUCCCCUCUGCACUGCAGCGGUGGCCAGGGGGAGCCUGGCCCUGCAGGGGGGAGGGACUGCUGGGCCAGGGACCAGGGUUUGUGUUUCUGCUCAAGCCUUGAGCUCCGUCCACUGCACAGGGUGUUAACUGCGGAAGCAGAGGGAGUGGAAUGACCUCCUGGCCCUACCUGUGACUGAAACACACUUCCACUAACAAUAAACGUCUCAAGCUUU